UCCGUCGGGGCGGUCGCACGGCGUCGCGCACGCCUGGGCGGGGCACAGAGCGCUUCUUCCGAGCGGCGGCUGCGACGCCCCAGCUGGGCCCAAGAUGGACCUCCCGGCGCUGCUCGCAGCCCCGAACCCGCGUGGAGCCCAACAUGGCGGCGGCGGUGGUCCCGGCGGACUCUGCCGAGGCCCGGGGCCGCCGCCCAGUCCGAGUCCCGGGCGCCGCCGCCUGCUGCUGCUGCGGGGUCCCGAAGAUGGCGGUUCGGGGCCGCGGCGAGGGGAGGCCCUGGCGGCGACCGCGGGCCCCGGGCCGAGCCCGCCGCUUCUCGAGGACGGCGGCGACCCCUUCGUGGUACUGCUGGAAGUCCCGCGCGGCGCCGCUCUCGAGGCCCCCGAGCAGCGGGAAGCUGAGUCCGUGACCGGCGCGAGCCCCGCCGGCCGCCCCCAACAGGGCCCCAGCGGCUCGGCCGCAGCCCCGGGGCCCAGUGCGGCCCUCGCGGGCACAGUCACCAUCAGCAGUCAAGACUUGCUGGUUCGCUUCGACCAUGGCGUUUUCACGCUGGCCGCCGCGCCGCCGCCAGCUGGCCCGCCCGCGCCGCCGGGCGAGGAGGCCGCCAGCCCAGCAGAGGGCCGCCGCGGACCCCCGGCCCCCGGCCUCAGCGCGCCCGGCUACCGCUGCCCCGAACCGCAGUGUGCGCUCUCCUUCGCCAAGAAGCACCAGCUCAAGGUGCACCUGCUGACCCACGGCAGCAGCCAGGGCCGGCGGCCCUUCAAAUGUCCCCUGGACGGCUGCGGCUGGGCCUUCACCACCUCCUACAAACUUAAGCGGCACCUGCAAUCGCACGAUAAGCUGCGGCCUUUCGACUGCCCGGUGGGCGGCUGCGGCAAGAAGUUCACCACCGUGUACAACCUCAAGGCGCACAUGAAGGGACACGAGCAGGAGAACCUGUUCAAGUGUGAGGUGUGCGCCGAGCGCUUCCCCACGCAGGCCAAGCUCAGCUCCCACCAGCGCAGCCACUUCGAGCCCGAGCGUCCCUACAAGUGUGACUUCCCCGGCUGCGAGAAGACCUUUAUCACGGUGAGUGCUCUGUUUUCCCAUAACCGUGCCCACUUCAGGGAACAGGAACUCUUUUCCUGCUCCUUUCCUGGCUGCAGCAAACAAUAUGACAAAGCCUGUCGCCUGAAAAUUCACCUGAGAAGUCAUACAGGUGAAAGACCUUUUAUUUGUGACUCUGACAGCUGUGGCUGGACCUUUACCAGCAUGUCUAAACUUCUGAGGCACAAAAGGAAACACGAUGAUGACCGGAGGUUUACCUGCCCUGUUGAAGGCUGUGGAAAGUCAUUCACGAGAGCAGAGCAUCUGAAAGGCCACAGCAUCACCCACCUUGGCACAAAGCCAUUCGAGUGUCCUGUGGAAGGGUGCUGUGCCAGAUUCUCUGCUCGUAGCAGUCUCUACAUUCACUCCAAGAAACACCUGCAGGAUGUGGCUGCUCCAAAAAGCCGUUGUCCAGUCCCCAGCUGUAACAGACUCUUCACCUCCAAGCACAGCAUGAAGGCGCAUGUGGUCAGGCAGCACAACCGGCACCCAGAUCUCUUCCCUCAGCUAGGAGCUCCGAGUUCGCUUCCACUCAGCAGUGAACUUGGCAGCCCAGGCCAGAGCGAGCUCAACAAGAUAGACCUGGCGGCGCUCUUCUCGGAUGCACCUGCCGAUGGCAGUCGUGUGGCAGGAGCCUCAGAUGAGGCGCUGACCUCUGGAAUCCUGACUAUCGAUGUGACUUCCGUAAGCUCCUCUCUUAGAGGGAGCCUCCCUGCUAAUAAUAGUUCCUUAGGGCCUGUGGACCCACUGGUCUUGGUGGCCCACAGUGACAUUCCUUCAAGCCUGGACAACCCUGUUGUUCUUGGGACAGCAGCCACAGUUCUUCAGCAGAGCAACUUGAAUAUGGAUGAUGUGCAGACUGUAAGUGCAGGAGCAUUAGACUGUCUGGUUGCUCUGCCUGUGAAGAACUUGAGUCAGGACCCACAUGCUUUGACCUCCAGUAGCAGUUUAGCAGUGAACACCACACUGACCUCUUCAACUACCCCCCAAGGAAACACCAGUGUCCCAGAACUGCUAGCUCCAAUCAAAGUGGAACCAGACUCACCACCUGGCCCUGAUGCUAUCAGGCAGCAAGAACGAAGCAAAGGAAUGCACCGACCAGUGUUCUCCAGCCCUCCAGAAAAGCACAGUUCUCAGAAUGACACAGGACUCAGUGCAGGGACCGGCAACUUCUAUUUGCUGUGUGACGUUGGGCUGCCUCGAUUCUCUGAGCACAGAUGGUGUGUGGUGAAUGGGUUACAGGAAAGUGGGGGCUCAGCAAGAACUGAUUCCCGAGCCAUUCAACUAGCCAAGAAAAAAAAGCAGAAAGGAACUGGGAGCAAUGCAGGAGCCUCAGGGUCAACUCAGAGGAAAAUGAAAGAUGGCAAAGUCAGUCCUACUCACUUGCAUGUGAGCCAGAGUGGUUGGUUGUGUGGGAACCUUGUGGUGCCCAGCGGAGGUCUGGCAGGACCAGCUUCCGCAGCUGGGGUGCAGAGCGUUCAGGUCCAGUUACUGCAGGAAGACCCUUCAGGUGAAGGAGUCUUGCCGUCGGUGCCCAGCCCGCAGCCUUCCACCUCCCAUCCCCUGUUCGCCAUCGGUUUGCCCGUCUCUGUGUUCCAGGAGGUGCUUCCUGCAGCUGGAGGGGCUGCUGGGCUUGAGGACACGCACUGCACAGGCAGCACUGUCAUCCUGCGGGACCUGCAGUGAAAACAGCCUCCUGUCUGGGGAACCUGAGGGUGAUGCCUCUGGUCUGUGUCCCCACAAGAUUCUGUUAUGUGGUCUUGCAAACCACUUGGUUUCUGCUCAGGCGGCCAGCCUAGUUCUUCAGAGACUUUUGGAUACAUUUAUUGAAAAUGGUUUUUUUUUACAUUCUAUCAGGAACGAGUUUGGGACUGUAUUAUUUGAAACUGCCUUGUCCGAGCAAAGUGCUUCGGUGAGGCAAGGAAUGCCUUCUAAGCAACGCACAUGUCUCUUCCGUACUUGCCUGUGUGCGUACAUCCUUUGUCCCAUUUGAUCUGAGCCGUGAAGCACUUGUUGCAUUUUCAAAACACAGACUUGGGCAGGAAAUAGAGUACAGGUUCCCUAGUCAAAUACAACUUUAUCUGUAGUGAAACUAGCUUUGGUGUUUUCAGCAUUUGUCCUGAGACAUCUAGGAAUCCUUUUUUCUUUUUCGAGAGCUGUGUAACAGGCCAUUUCCCAACCCCUUGUGUGGUGUUCAUGGUCGAGUUGACUUUUUCACGCUGUGGGGCAGAAGUGGGCGUUGUCACAGGAAGCCAAAUUCUAAUCCAUGUUGUGGCAGACCAGGUGGGCAGCUGGCGUGAGAGGAAAAUAUUGGGGGUGAAGUGGGCACAUCGGGGGCCCUGUUAGCAAGCUCUCUGUGUAGACUGAAUUUCGAGCUCAUAGUUUGGGGAUGGUCGAGUUAAAACUUUCAAAAUAAUUUUUCUAAAUUCUAUAUUUGGGUAUUAACAUUUAAUAGUAAUUUGACAGUGGUUUAUAAAGUAAUGUUCUGAAACUAAAUUAUGUGCAGGACUAUAAUGAUAGCAUGUCUGUUUUUGUGGCGGUUGAAGAUGUGCAUAUCAUAUCACUAUAUAUUUUUACAGAGUAUGGUCUGUCUUUUACAGAGUACUCGUCUGCAAAAGAAGACGAGUUGAUAACCUUGCACAUAUUUGUUAGUUAGCGAACUGGACAUGGUUACUCAGAAAUGCUGUGUUUGCCUUGUGCUUUUUGAAAGUGUGUGUUUAUUCAGAUGCUCUUUUGGUUCUCAGACUUGGAAUCAUCUAAACUCUACUUGUCUGUUUCCUGGUUGCUUGAGUUUUUGGACUUGGGCUUUUGAGAGGGAUUCCUCUCUCUUUCCUGUUUUAAGGUGCCAUCUACUUCAGAGUGCUUCUCUACUCAAAGGAAUUCUAGCCCCAUUUAUAAAUGGUUUCUACAGAACCCUGUGCUGUGUCACAGACUACAGUUCUGUGCUUACCUGACACCUCAGCCUCCAGGUCCUCCAGAAGCCCCCUCCCUCUACAAGGAGCCAGUCCAGUCUGCCAGCAUGGUCUUGGGAGCUGGGUGGCCUGGUAGCCACAUUGCACUGGCUUCAUGAAGGAGGACGUGUCACUGGACCUUUCUCUCGCAUGUCCCCCAGUGAAUGUCCACCACCGAGUGAUUGGUACUGGCUGUCAGUUUCUGGGCACUGAGGUUCCCUGCUGGCAAUGGACCCAACUCCUACUGCAAAUAAAUAAAAAGUUUUUGUAUAGUUA